ACCAUCCCUUUUAUCUCUCUCUCUCAACAGAGCUAGAAACAGACACUUCCUGUCUUGAAUAAGAACGCAAUAAUUUUGUUUAGAUUUAAUAUCAUGAGAUGCAUGUUCGUACACUAUCGUAUCACGACACAAAAUGCUACUACAAAGGAAAAACGAAGGCAACCAUCUCAACAGUCAUAUAAAUUUACCAAGAAUUGGAUCAACCCGAGCUCACCAUCACUUAGGCUGAGCUACCUGUCUUGUCAACCAUUAAUGCUCCAUACAAAGACAUUGUCUCUUAUUUCAAUCCUACUACUAUAUAAACCUUUCUUUCACUUCAUCUGUUUCAUCGUUGUAUGCAACUCCCCCCUCCCCUCUCUUCAUUUACUACUUUCUGUCUGUAUUCGUACAUCACUAUUAAUUUCCUUAGAAGAAAAUGAAAGGGAAGUUUCUAAAGGCAUGCUUCACAAAGUGGAGGAAGAUGGGGAGUAGGGUCAUACCUUGUAGCAGUGGCGAGUGUUGUUAUCAGUGGGCAAAGUGGACGAAUUCCAUGCAUGAAGGAAGCUCAAUCCCUAGAGAUGUGCCAAAGGGUCACCUAGUAGUGUAUGUUGGUGAAAGCUAUAGGAGGUUUGUGAUUAAAAUCACCUUGCUCAAGCACCCGCUAUUCAAGGCAUUGCUGGAUCAAGCUCAGGAUGAAUAUGAUUUCAACACCGACUCCAAACUGUGCAUUCCAUGUGAUGAAAGCCUCUUCCUCAAUGUUGUUCGAUGUGCCAGCUCUCGGCCAGAUCGAAACCCUCUGUGUCUUUAGGCAUUCUUCCACAAAUGUGAUUGAUAUUCACGAGGUUCGAGUCCAACUCAGAAUGCUAAUAUGUAGUAUACUGUAGAUUUUUUAAAACAUAAAUUCUUUAGCCUAUUAAUGUUAAUUGGACUGAACUAUGCUAAACUUUUGUUUCUACGGGGCCUCAACCGCUCCAUGCAUGACCUAAGUAGAAACUAGUUAAACACAGUACGGUGCCUCAUCAAUACUGAACAAGAAACUGGAUCAGACCCCACAAGCAGACAGUAUCUGACAGUUUCAGGCUGGACCAAAACUGUCGGUUUCAUUAGCUCUAAGUUUCUAAUCUUUGAAACUCGAAACAACAAUAACAGCUAAUUGAUGUCACUUGGCAUGCAAGUCCCUUAGUCUCUUUAAGCCCAUCUCAGGGCAGUGCCCCUGAUAUUUUGCCUGUAAUAAUAAAGCAGGAAACAUACUAACAGAUACGCAAAAGCACGUAAUUAAUCAAAUAAGAAACAGACAGUCAAAGUGCUGCAAAACUAUCAAAGCAUGAUUCUUUGGGUUUGCCUAAGUUUCCAAUUUCAGAAGCUAAGGAUUCAAGGAGAGUGAGGAGGAAUUUAGAGGUCAAGCGUUUCAAAUCAACCCAUGACUAGAUUGGCAAGCAGAAUGCUUGAAACUCAGAAAAGAAGCAAAUCCCAGUAGCAAUUCAACUUUUUACCUCAAA